AUGGUGCACGGGCAUGCACAUCACAUGCAACACCGCCCUCUGGAGGCGCGGGCUCUCGACGAGAUAGUCGCCAGCGAUGCCCUCCCUAUGGUGGAACGCGACAACCCUUUCGUUGUCGUUAUUAAAACCCUGUCCCAGGAUUUUGAAGGUGCCAUUGGCGGCUAUGUAACGAAAGUCCUAGGAGGAGGCGACGAUAGCACCGCCACGGCGACUGCCACGAAAAACAAGAACACCAAUGUCGGCGUAGGCCCAGCGGUGGCUGCCACACAGACCAGUGCCGAGACAACAGCAGCGACAGCGGAGGCGACCACGAAGGAUACCAAGCACACGACCACCGCAAAGGAGACCGAGACGGAAAAGACCCAGGCAGAGGCCACCAAGACCACCGAACACUCUACGGCAACGAAUACCCAAGUACAGACAACCCAGGGACCUUCCUCCUUUGUAACAUCGGCGUCUCAGACCACUGCGGACUCUAGCCAGGAUGUGAAUCUUCUCGCGGUGACGUCAAGUGCAACGGUCACUGACUCUGCGGCCUCUGCAUCGCCCACAGCAGCCAGUACCUCGUCAGCCGGGAUGUCCUCAGGUGCCAAAGCCGGUAUCGCCAUUGGAGUCAUUCUCGGGCUCGGUGUGGUCGCAGCCCUAAUCUUCUUCUUCAUCCGGAAGAAGAAGAAGAGUAGCCAGGGACCGGUCGAGAUGGAGAAUGAGAAAGAGGAAUUUACUCUUCCCCCCCCCUCCUCCUCCCAUGAAGCCCUCAGCUCCCUCAGCGUGCGUCCGAUCACUCAAUUUGCGCCCGACCUAAGCAACCAUGGUGGCUUCAACCCGGCUACGGCCGCCGCCACCGGUGGUGUUGGCGCUGCCGGUGCCGCUGUCGCCUCGCGCAACCUGACUGGUAACUCGCCGCCUGGCACUCCGCCUAAGUCUGCUUCUAGCAGCCCGAACCCUUUCGGUGACCCUGUGAACCCCUUCGGCCCUUCCACGCCAGUGGCUGACCAAUCCCCUGCUUCUGCAUUGGGUACCGGUCCCUCUGGGGCUGCCAUUGCAGCAACUGCCGCUGGAGCUGCUGUGGUUGGCGCGGUUGGCGCUGCUGCCGUGGCAUCCCAGAGAUCUGCCCAGGAACAGUCCGGCCGCCCUGCCUCGCAAGAGUCGGGCGCGGCCAUGCCUCCCAACUCUUCGCCGAGCCCUGUGAGUGCUGAUGGGGAGUCUGUCUCGUCCGAGGCUCUGGCUGCGGUUGGUGGUGUAGCUGCGUUGGGUGCAGCUGGUGCUGCAGCCGAGGGUGCUCCUGGUCCGGAUAACGUUCACCGUGUGCAAAUGGACUUCAACCCGUCGAUGGAGGAUGAAAUCGAGCUCCGCUCAGGUACUCUGGUCCGGAUGCUUCACGAGUAUGACGACGGAUGGGCUCUCUGUGUUCGCCUCGAUCGCUCACAACAAGGAGUUGCUCCGCGCUCCUGCUUAUCUGCGCGCCCCGUGAAGCCGCGUUCGCGUCCACCCCCUGGAGCAGGCCCUGGCCCUGGUCCUCGCGGGCCCCCGAUGAUGGGCCCUAACGGCCGCAUGCCAGGCCCGCCUCCUCCUGGCCGCUUCUAUCCUCAGGACGCACGCCCACGGUCCCCCGUUGGCCCUCCCUACCCCGGCCCGCCACGCGCUCCCUAUCCUGGCCGCUCAAUGUCACCCGCAGCUAGAUUCCCUCCCGUGCCUCGCUCGAUGUCCCCAGGACCCGGCGGCCGCCCUGUUCCUCGUUCUAUGUCGCCUGGUCCCCGUUCUAUGUCGUCUGGUCCCCGCUCUAUGUCACCUGGUCCCCGCUCCAUGUCCCCCGGCCCCGGAGACAUGCGGCGGCCCAUGAUGCCCGUCAACCAGCGACAGCGCAGUAACAGCGCUGGCAACAUUUCUCCGCCCAACGUCGGCGGCGUCACUCCCCCCAAGCCCAGCCCGCUCGCUGUAAUAGAACCCACCGCUCCAGCCCCGACAAGCGACCUGCCCCCCCUCCCACCUUCGGCACCGACCUCUCCAACGGGGUCCCAGGUCAACAGAAAGCCUGUGGCCUCUCAGGCUGCCUAA